AUGCUCGCCGUCGAACUCCUCAACUCGACGAGCACCUGCCUCACCAAAGUCUCGAUCCUCUUCUUCUACCGGCGACUGGGCCGCGGCACCUACACAACAACCUUCCUACUCGUGGUCCAAACCAACAUCGUGCUCAUCGGCGCGUACCUGCUCUCCUUCUCCAUCGUGCUCCUGCUGACGUGCCACCCGUUCGCGGCGCACUGGCUGCAGUUCUCCAUCGUGUGGACGGCGCGCAACACGUACCGCUGCAUGGACGAGGCGGCGACGACGGUGGCGGCCAACGCCGUGUCGAUCGCGCAGGACUUUGUCGCGUGCUGCCUGCCCGCCGUGCUGCUGUGGAAGCUGCAGAUGAGUCGGAAGAAGAAGGUGUUGCUGGGGUUGCUGCUGGGGUUGGGUAUUCUCCCCUGCGUCGCCGGCGUCCUCCGCCUCUACUACACGGUCCGCGUCUACCAGAGCUACGACGCGACCUGGACCGCACACACGGUCCUGGUCUGGACCGUCAUCGAGAACCACCUCGGCAUCCUGUGCGCCUGCGCCCCGGCGCUGCACUCGUACGGGAAGGAAGUGUGGCGGUCGUACUCGUCGCUAUCUGGGGAGCCGCUCGACGGGUCGGACGUCGUCGUCUUCGUCGUCGUUCUUUCGGCGCAGUGGCAAGAGGAGGAAGAGGAGGAGCGCGAGCGGGCAUAUUGA